AGCUCUGGACCUCAGGAGGGGAACAUGUGAGCGGGGAAUGGGCUGCAAGCUGGAAUACUGUCGGACACCGCACAGACACGCACCCAGGAGACUCGCCGGGACGGUUUGAUGCCGCAGGAGGAAUUUUGAUAUUUUUGAAAGUUGAUUUUGGAGCGGCACCUGAGACGUCCAGGACGACAGUGACCAAAGAUGAACACCAUUGUGUUUAACAAGCUGAGCAGCCAGGUCCUCUUCGAUGACAAGGCAAAGGAGGUGGAGAUGAGCAGCAGAAACUACCUGGAGGUCAUCGACGGGCAACAUGCCGACCUGCUGUCUGCCAACCAGACCAUCAUCAGGGACAACCAGGCCAUCAGGCACCGGCGGAGCGGGUAUGAGCUUGACCUGUCUGUGGGUCGACCCAGCGGCGGCAAAGUGCGCCACAAGCGCCAGGCCCUUCAGGACAUGGCCCGCCCGCUCAAGCAGUGGCUCUACAAGCAUCGGGACAACCCCUACCCCACCAAGACGGAGAAAAUCCUGCUGGCACUGGGCUCGCAAAUGACCCUGGUCCAGGUGUCCAACUGGUUUGCAAAUGCCAGGAGGCGACUGAAGAACACGGUGAGACAGCCGGACCUGAGCUGGGCGCUCAGGAUCAAACUCUACAACAAAUAUGUUCAGGGCAACGCGGAGCGGCUGAGCGUGAGCAGCGACGACAGCUGCUCUGAAGACGGGGACAAUCCUCAGAGGACACAGAGCGGCCAGGAGGAGCUCCACAAGCCGAUCUACCAGAGCGUCAUCAAGAAGGAGGGCUCCUCCAUGGUGGGCAUGGCCAUGGGCAUGGGCAUGGGCGCGGGGCUGCGCUCUGCCUCGGACGCCGCCUCGCUGUCCGAGGACUACGUGUCUCCGCCGAAGUACAAGAGCAGCCUACUGCACCGUUACUUGAACGACUCUCUGCGGCACGUGAUGGUGGCCAACGCCGUCAUGGACGCUCGCAGGAGGAACCACUCGGGCUCCUUCAGUUCCAACGAGUACGACGACGAGCUGCUGUCGCCGUCCUCCUCGGAAGCAGAGGCAAACUUUGUCUAUCGAUCUGAAUCCACGGAACAUGGAUCAAGUAAAUGUGACAGCAGCAGCAGCGGUUACGUGGGCUCUGCGCAGAGGGAGAAGGUGAAGGGUAAAGACGAGACGUACUGGAAGGAGAUCAACGCCGCCAUGGCCUUGACCAACUUGGCACAUGGGAAGGAGAGUGGCUCCGGGACCACCAGCUGCAUCAUCCAGAAGUCCUCCCAUAUAGCAGAGAUCAAGACUGUCAAAGUGCCGAUCAUGCAGAAAUAUUAGGGCGGAAGACGGCGUCUUUAUCUCUAUGCAAGUCUCAGCGAGAGUCAAACUCUGAGGACUGAUGAGUUUGUUGCCUUUUCGGACAGUUUCACUGCCAACGAGACACUUUUGUACCAUUAACUUAUUUUUACCAGACGUUUUUUUUUUAAUCCUCUUUUUUACAAUAUCUGUAUUUUGCCAAAGUGCCUUUUUAUUCUGUUCCCUACGGUGCCUGAUGAAGGAUUCCAUGAACGACGGCUGCGGCACUGACAACGCUUUCUCAUAAAUUUCCAUGAAAGCACUGACCCUUAUUUAGACUGGAGUCCUCAUUAUGACUGUCGAGCGAACAAUGUUUUGGCUCUCCGUAGCAGCACGACAACAACAACUUUUGGGAUACGUCACAGGAACGUGAGCGGAGCGCAGAUAAGCCGCCGGCGCUCUCCACCGUGUUGGCGUCGCAGCCUUGGGAGGGCAGGGAGCAGCGAAGGAUUCUGCUCUUAUCAGGACUCCCGCUUGUGUUAACGUGCGGCCGCUGAAGUCACGUUCACUCGUGCGGUGACACACAUCUACGUAGAUCCAGAGCCGUGCGCAGAAACGAUCUGACCUAAAAGGGAUGUUUUGCUUUGUAUUAUCAGUGUUUUACGAGCGCAGCGUUGCUUUUCCAAGAUAGUGCCGCGCGAAAGAGAGCAGAAGGCUCCUGCAGCCGUUUGAAGCGUCGGCCCUCUCAGCUGUUUAACAUUACAUCCAAAUUGCUGUUUACAAGACGCCCGAGGGCAGACUUGAAAGCUCCACUCGUUUCGCCGUUGUUUGUCUUCAAACGUGCAUUUCAGUAUUAUCUGUUUGUCGAGCGAGCAAGUGUUCAGCGUUAUCAUCAGGCCAGGCGUGUGUGUGGUCGCUCUGAUGGUUGUUUAUCCCGCCACAUUAAGAGCUUGUCAUCUCACAGAACCUCCUGUCCUCACCCCAGAGGCUCACAGCCACUGAUUUCAAACACACAAGCUGGAGGCUACAUCCACUCACAAACAGAAGUCUUCAUCAAGGAAAGAGUACUUCUAUUAGUGACAAAAAAAAGAUGGGUGGGAGGAUGUUUACAGGGAGAUCAAAGGUCAACUAUCUUCAAAGUCCAAUCUUUUUCAAGGAGAUUUGGCUCAAUACCUCUGAUAUAACAUGAGAUUUCUUGUCACUCUUCAACUACAUGAAGAGAUAUCAGAGAAACCCAGUUAAAUAACUGGGCCUGUACCAUCACCAUUAUGAAUGUUUGACUGAGAUAUAAUACGCAAAAAAGCUAUAUUUUUGUGAAGUAGGCCGACUCUUCUGAUGGUAAAUACCAAGAUGAAGAAGGUAGAUGAGGACUAAAUACUCCACAGCUAGUAUGAGAAGGACAAAGGCAUAGACAGUAAAUGACUUUUCUCACGUUUGUAGAUGGAGUUUUGAAAGCUAUAAAAGGUGUACAUUUAGAAGAAAUUGGUACUAUACUUGAAGACAUUUAUGAUCACAGCGCUUCUCUCUUCAUCCAGCUCCUGUUUUGUUUGUUCGCUCACAGAAACUGCAAUAAAAAGGGUUUCGAUUCAGAUAUUAUUUUGGUAAAAACUGGAGCCCUUUAUUGAAACCUGUGUUCCGGACAACAGGAUCCAGUUCAGUGUUCUCUGAGAAAAGCUGUACUGAAAAGACUGUGGAGGUUUAAAAUCCCCAAAAGCAUUUCCUUACUGGGUCUAAAACGUUUAAAUGUUGAAGCUGUUCAAGUGAGUUACCUUGAAAGUCAACAAGACGAGAAGCUUCAGUAGUGUGGAUGUAGCCGGAGAAUCUUUCACGGAUGCUGUGCCAUUUAUUCCUCAGACGACUCUGACCGAGUGGCCACUGGUCAUGAAUGUGCCGACUUGCAAAACAAAACCUGCACUUACAGUUGAAAACCUCACGGCCUUAACUGUGUCACAACAUUGAUGAGGAACCAACCGACUGUUCCUGCGCGGACCCGAGAGGCUCCACAUGUGUUUCUGAUCCAGGGCGGGUCGCCGCGGGUGGUGCUGAUCCCCGUGGUUCCGAUCCCACCCCGGGACCUGCACACCUCAACAGCAACAACAACAACAGACACACUCUGAAAGAGACGUAUUAAAGCCUAUAAAUUAUUGUGAUGAGGCAUUUGUGACUUUUUUAUUGUUAAGUUAUAUAAAGUGAGAUUCCUUUUUUUGUAUUAUUAGAGACUGGGUUUACGAUCCAAUGACCAAAUACAUAUCUCCUUGUACUGUUCAAUUUGCUUUUAUUAAUAAAUGAAUUUUAUAAAACUUUA